AUGGCGCCCUCGACAGCUCUGUCAGCGACAGAGGUUUAUACCCUCUGGGUGCUAAUCGGCACAUCUAUCGCUAUAGUCGCCAACUCAUUUCAUGGCGACGGUGAACCGCUCAUGGUCUCUUUUGCAUUCAGUCUAUUUGCCUUUGCUUCGACUUUUAGCCUAAUUCGAUGGCUAGGUCCGAGUUUUAUGAAAGUUGGAUUAAAAGGGAGGGAUAUGGCUAAAGCUAAGAGGCCGGAAAUACCAGAAACAAUGGGUGCAGUGUGUGCUGUCGUGUACCUCUUGCUCAUGAUUGCCUUUAUUCCUUUUCCUUUCUAUAAGGAUAUUGUGGCUGCCACUUCUGGAGGCGGAAAUCGCGACGUCGUCCUGCAUGUAGAACAUGUUGAAACGGGGCGCUUCCUUCAUCGAUUUCCGCAUAAUAAGCUGGCAUCCUACCUAUCCGGCCUUCUAUCACUCCAAGCCAUUACCCUCCUCGGCAUCGGCGACGACCUUCUCGACAUCCGCUGGCGCCACAAAGUCCUAAUCCCAGCCCUAGGUGCAUUCCCCAUGCUAGUCGUCUACUUUGUCGAUUUUGGCGUCACUCACGUAGUGGUUCCUGUCCCACUGCAACGCUACUUUGGUCAAAUCUUCGAUCUCGGGUUUCUCUACUACGUCUACAUGGCUGCUGUAGCCAUCUUUUGCCCAAAUAGUAUCAACAUGCUUGCGGGCAUAAAUGGUGUUGAAGUCGCACAGUCACUCGUCAUUGCUGUCCUGCUUCUGCUGAAUGAUUUCUUAUACCUCUCCCCGUUUACGCCGUACCCUCAUCCAGCCAUGGAUUCACAUUUAUUUUCUAUAUACUUCCUCUUACCUUUCAUCGGCGUGUCGUUGGCACUUCUGUGCCAUAACUGGUACCCCUCCAAGGUCUUCGUGGGCGAUACCUAUUGCUAUUUCGCAGGCAUGGUCUUUGCUGUCGUGGGUAUACUAGGCCAUUUUAGCAAGACGCUCCUCCUACUCUUCAUUCCGCAAAUGUUUAACUUCUUAUACUCAUGUCCACAACUUUUUCAUAUUAUCCCAUGUCCCAGACAUCGAUUACCGAAAUUCAAUGCCGUGACUGGGUUAUUGGAGAAUUCGGUGACUGAGUGGACUGUGCCGCCGUCGCCGUUGAUUGCUGCCGCUCUACAUCUACUUCAUCGGCUGCGACUUGUGGGGAUCAAGACUAAUGAGAAUGGAGAUAUUGUAGAGUCGACGAAUUUGACGCUACUCAAUCUUUGGAUUCUUUGGUUUGGUCCCAUGAAGGAAGAUCGACUUGCGCUGAGCAUUGUGUUGUUGCAGACUGUCUGUGGACUUUUCGCGCUGUUUGCGCGUCAUCAGAUGGCGUUGCUUGUUUUUCCGGCGGAUAAUAGGAGUUUGUGGUCUUUUGUAUGAUCUUACCAGGUAUUAGAUUGAUUGUGUUGUAUCAUACUUACAUUUCUGUAUAUAAUCAUGUUAACGUACAGUCAUGCUUGACGCAAGUCUGAUCCCUUGAAACUAAUUACAACAAUAUUUCUGGCCUCUUACGACCACAUUCUAUCCCAAUGGACGUGUAUAGUAUGGAAAGACGGGGAGCAAAUAGCUUCAGUCUUCUUGCAUCUGGCAGCGACGAUCUUUUUUGGAGCACCUAAAUGAUAGGUUGUUUUGUUAGCCUAGUCGACUAUGCAGUUGAAAAAAAAAAAAAACAUGAAAAAGCCCCCUCAACUCCUCCACACUGCUUUGCAAGUGUGUCCCUCAAACGUCACGUCAUUCAUCACUGUACAGCACUCAGAGCAACGAUUUUGUCAUCGGGUCAUAGGAGAGGUAACCUGUCUUUGAGGUGUUUGAACCCCCACCACGAGGAAGACGUGCAUAGCGGUCAUAGGUGAUUGUGGAUGGACAAGAACAGUGAUAGCGAUGAAAGAGAGGUGAAU